AUGGCUCCCAACAGUUUCUCUCUGUCGACGCGGCUCACCCUGUCCAAUGGUCUCUCGAUACCUCAGAUCCACUUGGGUGUCUACUUGAUGUCAAACCGGGAGGCAACUAAAGCAGUGAAAUGGGCACUUCAGGCUGGCUAUCGUGCGGUUGAUUCAGCACAAAUGUAUCGCAACGAGGCAGCCUGCGGGCAAGCCAUUCUUUCCUUUCUGAACGACAAGUCUCUGAACAUGACCGGGUUGGCCCGAAAAGAUAUCUUCUUCACAUCUAAGCUGGCCACCAACAGCAGCUAUGGAGCAGUGCGUUCCUCCAUCAAGCAAUCAGUGGCAGCCAGUGGCCUCGGGUACAUCGAUUUGUUUCUGCUUCACAGUCCGUACGGCGGAAAGGACGCUCGCCUGUCCAGCUGGAAAGCGGUCGAGGACGCCAUUCAGGAUGGUGAGAUCAAGAUUGGAGGGGUGAGUAAUUUUGGUGUCAAGCACCUAGACGAGCUCGCCGCGUCGAAGCCUCGCAUCAUGCCCGCUGUCAAUCAGAUUGAAGUGCACCCUUUCAACACGCGGACAGACAUUGUGCAAGCGUGUCAGAAGUACGGUAUCCUGGUAGAAGCAUACGCUCCUCUAGCGAGGGCCCUGCGUAUGCAGCAUCGUACAAUCGUCUCAUUGUCGAAGAGAUAUAAUUGUACUCCGGCACAGUUGAUGAUUCGGUGGAGUCUUCAGCAUGGAUACAUCCCACUGCCGAAAAGCGUAUCAAAGGAUCGGAUCGAGGCAAACGGGAACAUCAGUCACUUCGAGAUUCAAAACGAGGAUAUGAAGAAGUUGGAUGACCUUGACGAGUACCUUGUUACUGAUUGGGAUCCUGUCGAUGCAGACUAG